UUCUGUUGGUUGUUCCUCUUCAGCACAAGCUGCGGGUCCAAACCUUGGUGGCAGAGCUAAGAGGGAUGCAGUUGUGAGUUCACCCCUGUUCUGUGCUCCUGGGAGGAGCUUUUGUGUGAGAUCUGGAGCUGAUUGUGCCGGUUUUCGGAGCAAACCCAGCGGCUGCUGGAAACCAGCUUGAAACGAGCCAGCGAUUCACCUUGCUCGCAGGCUACCAGCAGCCACGUUUGCUGCCCGCAGGCAGAAAGUGGGAGCUGGUGCUCUUCUGACAAUGUAGUUCGUCCUGCAAGCCUGACUGCCAUGCCUGCACAUUGACACUUCCGGAUACAGCUGUUUAAAAUGGCAGAGAGAGGUGGGAAGGAAGGAGUAAUUAACUUGGACAGCUUCUGUAAUCACAGAGGCAAAGACCGGAUAAACCGCAGGGACGAAGGUCUUAUCACAAUAUCAGAUUCCUCGGAUGAAGAAUCACCUUCACUGGAAACACCAGCAGAGCAGCAGCAUGAGGAAGAUGACGAUGACGUAGUUGUCUUGGCAGAGAACCCAAAGCAUCAGCAGCUUCUGCGUCCCAAUGUCAUCAGACCUGCUGCUCAGUGGCAGGGUGCAAACACUGUGGGAGAAGGAGGAUGUAAAAGCACUGUCAAGCCCUUGAGGAGCACGUAUCUGCAAGAUGAGAGCUCAGUUCUGCGGUGCCAGGGAGACCAGUCUAAUCUCAUGGGGGAAAACAGUGCUAGACCAAGCAGGGGUGAGAAUAUGAACUUUGCCUUGCAGCAGCCUGGACUAUCUGAGUUUAAUGGCCCCAGGUUUGAACUUACAAGUAACCAGGAGCCUGGCCCAGCAAUAAAGACAAAUCCACGGUCUGUUGUUAACAGAGACACCGUUAGUCUGGAGAAAGCAGACCUUCCACCACAACAGGGGGAGAAGGUGGAAGCCCAGGGAUGUCGAGAAGAGGACUUGUCGCCAGAGCAAAACCUCAGAGGAACAGCUGCUGCAGCUACUACAGGGCAGGAGAUCCAGGAGAACAGCCAGCUCCCCUUCCAGGGUGAACCCCACGCUGUCGUCAGUGGUCGAGCUCCUCAGCAAGGGCAGCCUGAAGCAGAUCUGGGAUCACUGAGGGCAUUUGGAGAGGAGGCUCCCGGGCCAGCCUUCCCCCGCCCUGACCCGCAGCAGGAUGGGAUUCCAGGUCCUGCUUCGCCCCAGCCGGCACAUCCACCAGAAGAAACGGGUCAGCAGGCAGCGAUAGACAACGAGCAGCCAGGUCCAGCAUUCCCAGCUCAGGGCUUUCAGGAACUUGGCUCUAGCAACGUGCCAGAACAAGGAGCUGCUGGGCAGGACCAAGAGCUCAUUGCACUGCUCAUCAGAGAGACAUGUUUCCUACUACAGGAAGCAAGAUUCCCAGAUGUGGAAAAGGAAUAUAUUGAAGAGUUAAUCAGCCUCAAGAACUGCUAUGACUUAAAUGUACUCUGCAACUAUCUUCUGGAAAAUCCAGAUUACCCAAAGAAAGAAGGCAGAAUGGUUUUAAAUCCCAGCAGCAGCCUGCUUGCCAGCCAAGAUGAGACAAAGGCGCCUAAAGUGGACUACUUUGACUUCUCCAAGCUUGUCCCACUCGAUCAGCGGUGCUUUAUCCAGGCAGCUGACCUGCUCAUGGCAGACUUCAAAAUGCUGAGCAGCCAAGACAUCAAGUGGGCGCUACAUGAGCUCAAGGGACACUAUGCAAUCACACGAAAGACCUUUUCAGAUGCUAUCAAAAAAUGGCAGGAGCUGUCUCCCGAAACCAGUGGGAAACGAAAGAGGAGGAAAGAAAUGAAUCAGUAUUCCUAUAUAGACUUCAAAUUUGAGCAAGGGGAUGUGAAAAUCGAGAAGCGCAUGUUCUUCCUGGAGAAUAAGAGGCGUCACUGGAGGUCCUAUGACAAACUCUCUCUUCUCCCACCGGUGCUACGGGAGCAGGAAUUCUAUGAGCAGAAAGUUAAAGAGAUGGCAGAGCAUGCAGACUUUCUCCUUGCUCUGCAGAUGAAUGAGGAGCAGUAUCAGAAGGAUGGUCAGAUGAUAGAGUGUCGCUGCUGUUACGGGGAGUUUGCAUUCGAAGAGCUAACCCAGUGUGCAGAUGGUCACUUGUUCUGCAAGGAGUGCCUGAUUAAAUACGCUCAGGAGGCAGUCUUUGGCUCUGGGAAGUCAGAGCUCAGCUGCAUGGAAGGCAGUUGCACGUGUUCAUUCCCCACCAGCGAGCUGGAGAAGGUGCUUCCAGAAAACAUCCUCUGUAAAUACUAUGAGCGGAAAGCCGAGGAGGAGGUGGCUGCUGCCUGUGCAGAUGAGCUUGUCAGGUGUCCGUUCUGUAACUUCCCAGCUCUUCUGGACAAUGACGUGGAACGGUUCAGCUGCCCAAAUCCCCGCUGCAGAAAGGAGACAUGUCGGAAGUGCCAGGGGCUGUGGAAGGAGCACAUGAACCUCACCUGUGAGGAGCUGGCUGAGAAGGACGACAUCAAAUACAGGACAUCCAUAGAAGAGAAAAUGACAGCCGCCCGGAUUAGAAAAUGCCACAAGUGUGGGACUGGCCUCAUUAAAUCGGAGGGGUGCAACCGCAUGUCGUGUCGUUGCGGUGCUCAGAUGUGCUACCUCUGCCGCGCUGCCAUUAACGGGUACGACCACUUCUGCCAACACCCCCGCUCGCCCGGGGCUCCCUGCCAGGACUGUGCAAAGUGCUCGCUCUGGACAGACCCCACAGAAGACGAUUCGAAGAUAAUCCAGGAGAUUCAGAAAGAGGGUGAAGAGGAGCAAAGGAAGAAAAAUGGAGAGAACAGCUUCAAACGGAUCGGCCCGCCCGCGGAAAAACCCAUGGAGAAAAUUCAGAGAAUUGAAGUCAUCCCCAGACCUGUUCCUCAGAACCUCCACCAGCCCCGAAUGCCCCCGUACCCCUUCGUGCACCCCCCCUUCCCGCUCCCUCCCGUCCGUCCCAUGUACAACAACAUCCCCCUCAACAUUGGCCCUAUCCCUGCCCCCUACGUCCCCCCGUUACCCAACAUGAGGGUGAACUAUGAUUUUCCCCAGAUCAAUGUCCAGCUGGAGCACAACUUGCCGAUGCACUUUGGCCCUCAGCCGCGACACCGGUUCUGACCUGGGUCAACCAGCACUUGCCAUAGAGUCACUGCAGGGCAAAGCCACCCCAGUAACAUCACCCCAUCCCUUUCCUGCUCCAGCCUCUCUCGGUUUAACCACCCGCAAGGGGAGCUGCUCUAACUCCUGUGUACCUGCCCUGCACCCCUCCCUAGAGCUUCUCUGAACAUCUGCCAUUGAACAUUUCAACCUGUGCUGCAACAGGGCUUGGUGCUGCAUUUCCAAGGGGUCUCUGUCUGUGUUAAUUUUGAUUUUGACAAAGCCUGUUCAGGCAGCUGUUGGGAGUGAAAGUGAGACUUUCUGGAGCUCAGGGAUGCAGCCGUUCCCCGGGGACUUUCCAGAAAAUCCUGCCUUCCUGCUGGCCAGAGCAGCUGCCGCACGGUCAAGUGAGUCUGGGGGGAAGGGAAGAGAGAUUUGGCAUCUGGGUAAGACCUUUGGGAAGGACGUAACAGGAGUCAGCUGCCCCAGCCUUCCGCCUGCGGGGGGGCAUGAGGCUGGGGGUCCCAUGUUCUGCAGUGUCCCUGUCACCUCCCAGCACCUCCCAACAGGAGUAAAUUGCUGAAAACCAAGUCAAUGUAAUGUUUUUAGCAUUUCUCACUCUGCAAGCGGAGUGAGGGGAUGCAGCAGCCAUCUCGUUGCUGAGAUCUCGGUAGGAAGCCCAGAGCUGUGUCUGUCUCAGGGCUUUGGCGAGUAGCAAACAAUUUGGGCACCCUGAUCUUUGGCUGAACUGAACUUGCCCCCUUUGAAUGGCUCAGGAUUUUUUCCCCCCAGAGGUGGGCGCCUCUCCGUUUCCAAAACGUGUCCUUUGCUUUGCCGUUCUCAUCUGGCAUCCCAAAUCUCCCUCCUGUUUCUCCCAGUGGUUGUCAAACAGCUGGUAGAAGCACCCGGAGCAUCGUUUGGUUAGAUGUGGGCAGCGGUGCGAUGUGUGCUGUGACAGUACAACCAGGAGCUAACCCUGUUGUGCAUGUUGGUGACGGUGAGACGGGACCCCUUGCCCGCAGAAUGCCGCUGUGGUGCUUAACGACUUCUAAAAAUGUGUGUUUUAGCUUAAUUGGCUUCAGAAAAGUGUAUUAAAAGACAAACACAAGUGUUGCUGCGAUUAGGAAGUGAGGACUUAGGAAAAGCUAAACUUCCCUGUGAGAAGCAGGAGGUGCAGUCGUGCCAGCGCCGCUCCCGCAGCCCGGCGAAGCCCUUUGCCCACAGCCCUUGGCUGGCACAGGCUCCCUUUAGAGAAGAAAAUGGUUGGAGUGUAAGGUAGAAAACCCUCUUGCCAGAAAGGCCGGGCUGCCUCUUAGCAGCCCAGUUGUGCUGUCGCUCCCCGAGCGGUUUGUUCAGGGCUGCAUCCUACUCUGUCCUGCUGGGAACCCACCGGGUUCUCUCUUCUCCUUUGGGUUCUUCUCUCUUUGGGUUCUCUAUUCUCCUCCUGUUAUUCCCCCUGUAUUUGAACAUCCAGGUGUCUUUUGGUUUUAUUUGGUUUUUUUUUUCAGGUAAAAUACCCUGUUUCUGUCAAACCCUUGCAGCUCCCCGUAAGGGCGCCCGGCACAGCAUCCCCUGGGCGUGCGGUGAGCGAUGGGUGCGGGAUGUCAGUGGGAUGCUCCUGGUGGCCUGGGACAUCCUCUGGGGGCUGUUGUCCCCAGGAGGGGUCUCCCAGAGGGGAUUUCCCUGCGUUUUGAAGCCGAGUCAGCAAUUUAUCCCAUCUCAGGCAUUGCCUGUGGGUUGAACAUACCCUGCAGAGUGCUCUGUUCCAGCUCCGCAGUGCCGUGGUUUCUCUAGCAUUAAUAACCAAGCAGUAUUCCCUUGCUGCUGUCGUUUUCUUUAACUUAUUUCUGGAAGUAGUCUGGAGACUGCAGGAGCUUUGUGCUUGUUGUUCAGCUCAGCUUUAGCCAAGUUUCAAUCCUCCCUUGCACUGAGUGAUUCCUGUGGUAGCCAGGAGCAGCGUGUCCCGAUGGCUUUGGGAAGGGCUGGUGUUCACAGCGUUAGCAGGUGGUGAGGAAAUCGACCCGGGUUAGCAGAAGACCCUUAGAAAGGGAAACCUGGGGGUUUAACAGCCGAGAUCUUGUGGGCUCAAGGGCCGGUUUGGAUGAGCCCUCCGGGGUGGUGCUGCUGGUCCCCCAGCCUGUGCAAAGGGGGUCAGGCGGCCGGGCACAGCUCAGCUGCCAAACCGACCCAAACUGCGAAGGACACACGACGUGUCGCACGGUGCCACGUGCCUGGGAGCCCUAGUGCAAAAUGACCGUCUGAUCCCAUCCUUUGGUGCGUGUCUAGAGACGUGUGGGCCUGAAGAACUAAACCUUGGCGAAGUGGCGAGAGGGAGAGAGAGGGAUGGAGAAGUGUCGGGGGGAGGUCAGUGUCCGUAUUCCGUCCUGGAUGUGUCUGUUGCCGUGUCGUGGUCCUGGAGGAGCCCAACAGUGGUAGAGGACCAUGGUGCGCCUGUCCCCUGCAGAACCGUGAGGUUAUUUGUGUCUGAGAGAAGAGGAAUUGAUGCUUGGGCAGUGGUGGGGAGGAGCACCCAGUGGCCCUGAGCGAUGGGUGAUGGGAUCACGCUGCUUCCCCCCAAGGAAACACCCAUUUCACCAAAAAUGCCUCUGCAGCCCAAAUGCAUGGCUGCUCCUCCCCCUAACCCGAGAGACCCCGAGUUGUGGUUUCCGAUAGUGCUUGGGUCUGUGUCGAUUUACUUUUGAAAAAAAUAACCCAAAAUCUACUGCACAACCUCCGGAGCCGUCCGUGACCUGGUCUCUAACUCCUGCAUCCCCGUUUCCUCCCGCCCCGCUGUCCUUGAAACCAUAAAGGUGACAGGGAGGUUGCUGUGCCCAGGCCGAUCCCAUAACAGGUAUUUCUUAUGGUUAUUUGCAGUGUCCCAUUUUACUUGCCUUAAAGAUGAAGAGAGAAACUUAGUAUUUGCACUUAGCAAAACAUAUUAAAAGAAACCCUGUAAAGAUGUGCAUGUUCUGCAACUUUGUAUAACAAUAGCUGAAAAUAAAUAGGUGGUUUAUUAAAAAAUAAUUAAAAAAAAAUAAAAAAAAUAUUUUUCUUUACCUCCUGGUAGUAAACAGUUCUAAUAUUCUGUGUGUAAAAAGUUCCUGUAUUAUAUUGUAAUUUGAAUUUUUGUAAAUAAAUUUUGUGCACUCUGGCUCUUUACCUCUGUGCUUUCGUUACAGCCGAAGCAUCAUCCGAACGCCAGGCAGGACUGUUGUGCCGUGUUGUGCGUGGUUGGAAACUCUGUGAGUCGUGAGGCAAAACCGGCUUGACCCUCCUGGAAAAGCUUAAUUCAUUCCACAUGCUCCCGAGUUAAAACUGGACGGGAUAGAAAAUGGUUUCCAGUCCCUCCUUUAAAUGGAAACCAGGAUGCUUGUGUUGUUGGAAGGGAAGGCUGGGGGGAUCUUCCCCCCCUUGCAGGAGCGAUGGCAAAUAUAAAAUCUGGCCUUAAAAGCAAAAGGAAAUGGGAGGGAUGGGAAGGACGAGGGUGCAGCCCUGGGGAGCCCCUUCCCCACAUGGUGUCACGGCCGGUUUGCUUGUGCACACACAGAUGACAUUGGAGAGACCAGGGCAAUUGUGUGGCAACCGGAGCUGCUCAGCAGUUCCUGCACAGCUUUAAUUUUGCUCUGUUUAUCCAAAGGAAAGAGCAUCCAUCCUUCCUUCCUUUGGUCCUUGCUGCAGUGCUUGAACUUGUGUCUGAGGUUUAGGUCGUUCCUGGCAAUGCCCUCCUACCAUCUCCUCAGGUUUAGGUCGCGCCUGGCGAUGCCCUCCCACCGUCCCCUUCGGGAUGUGUGUUUGGGGGGGAGCUGGGCAGCCCCAAACUUUGUUUCUACCACACCAGCUUUAGCUUUUAAAAGCCAAACCGGAGCCCAUUCGGAUCUGCUGGUGCUGAGCCAGGCUGUGGGAGAUGGAGAGCAGCGAAAGGGCUGGCGGCUCUUGGUGGGGGGAUGGAGUUGGCCCCUGGCCCUUCCGUAAGCACGUGCUGCACCCGAAUUCAUAGCCAAAGCUGAGGUUGGCCCCAGCAUCAAACCUGAAGGGCUUAAAAGAGUUUUGGGGCUGGUUUUGGCUGUCUCAGGAGGGCUGGGGGCACAUCCCAGCUCCUCCAGCCAGACAUGCUGUGUUUUGGCCAGGGCUGGGCUGCAGCUUCCUUCCUCCUCAUCCUCUGCUUUUUUAUUUAAUCAUCAUCUUUUCCAUUUCGCUGAGCAAAGGAGGAAAGGAUUUGUUGCUGACCCCUGCCCCGCCACGCACCUCAAACCAGCGUCCCAUCGCUCUUCCCUCCCGCAGGUGCCUCCCCCUCAGACCAUCCUACAGGGGAAAUAUCUGAGCCAGGGAGAGGAAGAGCAGGUUCUCCGCAGUGCUGGUAGGCUGAGUGGGGCACGGCUUCGCUCCGGCUGCAAGGGCAGGAGAGAUGGUUUCCAGGAGGAGACUGUUUGCAGACGGUUUGCUGGUGCGUCUCCCUGAUGAGGGUGGUGAGAGCCUGGCCCAGGUUGGCCAGAGAGGUGGUGGAUGAACCAUCCCUGGAGACAUCCCAGGCCAGGCUGGAUGGGGCUCUGAGCAACCUGAGCUGGUGAAGAUGUCCCUGCUCAUGGCAGGGGGGGCACUGGGGGAGCUGGGAAGGUCCCUUCAACCCAAACAUUUCAAUGAUUCUAUGGCCUGUGCACAGCUCCCCGACCCUCAAAGCUGCCCCUGGGCUUGGUGGCUGCUCUGAGCAUCCUGAGAGGUGACCCAGACCCCAGCUGCUUUGGUUUUAAACCUGCUCAAUGGACAUGAACCUGUUGGUCGCUGUUCCCUUCUCACCAACUCCCGUGAGCCCUCUAGAACCAGCUCAAUCUUCAUGGGAGGCACUUGACCCCCAAAGGCUCCACCACCACAAAUGCUCCAUGCUCAGGCUCCUGCCUCUCAUUAAAAGGCUGUUGCAGCCCCAACAGACCACACACAACCGCUUGUAUCGGAAUGCAGGUUUUAUUUUUUAUUCAUCUUUCUCCAUUUGAAGCUAUUUUUUUAAGUUAUACAAAUGGCACUUACAAAAAAAAUAAUAAUUAAAAAAAAAAACAAAACAAACAAA